UCAGGAAAAGUGCUGUAUCACAGUGAUAGACAUACAUGCCGACGGGUUCGUAUAGUAUAAGGAAUCUUUAACUGGAUUUAGCUACAUGUACUAAGAACUUGUGGUGGUUAGAACAGCAAAAUGCAAUCUGCAGGUGAAGUGACGUUUUCUGAGCUGAAGGAGGGUCUGACCUCAGGUGACCUGCAAGUGUUCGACGUGUGGCGGCCGGAGGAACUGCAGCAGGACGGGCGGAUGGUCGGAUCCACCAACAUCCCACUGGAUGAGCUGGAAGCGGCGUUACUGAUGUCUGACGGAGAGUUUCAGGAGCAGUACGGGGUCAGGAAGCCGCAGAAGGAAGACGAGAACAUCGUGUUGACGUGCAGGUCCGGCAGACGGACUAAACUGGCGCUGCCGAUCGUACACAGACUCGGAUACACUCGGGCCAGAAUAUAUGCUGGUGGAAUCAUAGAGUGGAAGAAACAUCACGGAGUCAACUAGUCUAGAGGGAGAAGUAUUCCGUUGGAAAGGCCGUUGAAGGACAGUGAAGUCAACCCGAAAGAAAUUCUCCCAAAAUGUCUGACUAUGAAAUGAUCAACAGAAGUGAUCGGAAACGUUUUACAGUAGUAGAAUUGGUUUGUUUUACUGUUUUAUUCAUUAUAGUUUUGAAUUCUCAAUUGAAUGUGAAUUCUGUCAUCUUGGUCUUAUCCUGAGCAUAUUCGUUUCAAAAAGACCAUCAUUGCAACAUAUAAUUUAUUGUUUCACUUUUGUAAAAAGAAAACAUCAAUGACAACCCAAAUUAUUUAACUGUAUUGCAACAACAUUUUUUCAUCAUUUAAGUUUACAAAUCUUUUGGUCUCCUUUCCUUCAUUCUGGCUAAUGACUAUCAGUUAAAACACAUGACAAUAAAUUGACUCAUAGAAACAAAUGCUAAAAUAACAAAUAAGUAAAACAGGAAAAGUAAUAACUUUACAACAAGAUAUACCCGUUCAAUU